UGAGAGGAGAGCUGGGAUUGGCCAACUUGCAGGGGCGGGGCGGGCUCGGCCUUAGUCGGGCUCUGCUUCGGGACGGGCGCCUGUCCUGGGCGUCUAUUGGGCUGCGGGAUUGUCAACGUUACUGGGAGGCGUGGCCGACGCUAAUAAAGUGUGGGACCCGCGCGGCAGCUGCGGUAAGUUCCACCGCAGCUAGAGCUCCGGGUGGUCGGGUGGGGGCGGAGCUUGGCGGCUCCGUAGACUUAAGCCGCAGCGUUUCCCCGGCCGGGUAUCUGGCCGCAGCCUCAGGAGACAAGACGGAUCCUUCAACCGUCACAGAAAUGUCUGCUCCAGCUCAGCCACCCACUGAAGGGGCAGAAGGGACUGCCCCAGGAGGGGGUCCCCCUGGCCCUCCUCCUAAUACGACCAGUAACAGACGACUACAACAAACCCAGGCACAAGUGGAGGAAGUGGUGGACAUCAUGCGUGUGAAUGUGGACAAGGUCCUGAAGAGGGAUGAGAUACUGUCACAGCUGGAUGACCGAGCUGAUGCCUUGCAGGUGGGAGCGUCACAAUUUGAGAGCAGUGCUGCCAAGCUAAAGAGGAAGUAUUGGUGGAAAAACUGCAAGAUGAUGAUCAUGCUGGGAGCUAUCUGUGCCAUCAUCGUGGUAGUUAUUGUAAUCUACUUUUUUACUUGAGAAUGUGCCACCCCUUCCCUGUUCUCCAUUGCCAUCGAGACUCAUAUCCCUCUCCCUCUGUUUGCUCUCUCAACGAACGUCCCCGUCUACCUUCCUCCACCCUGUCCUGGCUUCUCCAUCGCCCAUUCCUCCGUUUCUGUUGCUUUCAUUUGCACUGGGUCCCUCAACACUAGAAAUGCUGCUCCUGGCACAGUCUCGAAGUAACUCCCCGAAGAACCGUAGGUGGCACCUCCCUCCCCUCUUCUUAUGUACUCUCAGCUUCCCCCAAAGCCAAAAAGAGUUGGAGGCCAAGAGAAGAGGAAGGCAUGUAGCCGCGGUGACAUGCCCAAGAAGGUGCCAAGAUUGGGGGAGGAGAAGGGUGUUGGUGCCCAUGGUGUCACCAGGAAAGGCCAGGCUGCUGGAGGGGGCUGGGAACAGCGGGGAGAAUGGCAGCUCAUUCAGGACUGCCCUGGUCACUUGGGGCUCUUCUCCUAGGCCAGGCCUCAGAAGAGCGUGAGGUGGGCCCAAAGUCCAACUUGGUUCUGUGGUAGUACCCUUUCAGAAAGUCAAAUCUGUUUUUGUGGUUAUUUCUGAUCUAUUAGUCUGAGAUUUUCGGUGUCGUCAGGGAUCUUACGGCCUUUUGCUUUGUUUCCUGGAGACCUACAGAACACACAUUAAUUGCAAAAGGACCGGCUUCAUUCCCAUCUUAGAAGCAGCCCCCUAAGCUCAUUACUACAAGGGGCUGUCUCUCGUUCACAUUUUCUGCAGCAUUCUGUAUUGUUCAUGAGAGCACUAAAUAAUUUCAUAUAGCCAAAGCUGGAGACUCUGAGUUAGUUUUAAUUGUUGGCACAGAUAAAGAGAGAACGAGUGUUAAUUAUAGAGAGACAACGAGUCAAGGGCCUAAUUUGAGAAUAACAAGCUCAGAGGAAGCCACUUGUUGCCUGUUUGUUGGGGAGGGUCCUGCUCCUCCCUGCCCGUUGAUAACGUGUGAGGUGUUAGAAAUGAGGAUCCUUGGGCCCUUGGGGACUCCUCUCCUCUACACCCUUCCCAUGUACUUAGCAAAGACAGGGAUGAAGCAGGAGGUCCUUCCUGAGGCUGGCCGAUUCUGAGUAUUCCGAGAAGUCCAGUAUACCCGCCAACCCGGUCUUGGGUGGGAGGCGGGACCGUCUGUGGACAGGUGUGCAUGUGCACUGCUGUGCUGUCAUGGGCCCUCUUAUCUAGAGCCACCUGUCUGUUCUUCCUGCACUGUGUUCCCCUUCUAAACCACUGGUACCCUUCUGAAUUCCACUUUGCCUCCUUUCCUUUCCUCUCUGCAUGGUUUGUGGGGGCAGACAGUGGAACCUGAGGAUGGGAGGCCAAGGCUGGGCUUCAGGAUAGCGUGUGGAGUGGAACAGAUCCAGGUGUGAGGGGAGGAAGGAGGCUGGGAGCAGCAAGGGGGAACACCCAUGACCCCUUAUUCCUCCCAUCCUCCAGCCCACAAGCAGGAAGAGGCUGAGGCCAGGCCGGGCCGGGUCUGGAUGCUCGCUUUCCAUGCAGCAGCAUUUCAUUGUGCAAAACCAUCCUUCCUCUCCCUUUACCCUUUUCCCACAUUCCCUUCGUCCUGCCCCAGGGCAGGACUGAAGAGCUGGAAGAAAGCAGUCAGUGUACCCUCCCA